AUGGCACACGGCACCAAGCUGAGAGUCGUGUCUGGCUGUACUGGAUGCUCUGCAGAGGCAGCUGUGCUACAGGCAUUGGAUGUGCCGUUCAUUGUGGUUUCGGCUUCAGAGCAGAAUGCCGAGUACCGCAAGUUCUUCUUGCAGAACUACCCUGGGAAGUUCCAGCAUGUCUUUUGCAAGCUCGAGGAUCAGCUGAAGGAAGGUGCUUGCAGCCUUCACAACUGUGAAGCCACUUGUGUGUCUAGGUCGGACAGAAGCAACAUCGACCUCAUGAUAACAGGUAGCCCUUGCGACCCUUUCUCGCUACAGCGUGCAAAACGCUUCAGCCACGAUGGAGUCAAGUGCCACCCCGAUUUCCUCACGACAAUGAAGUCAGUAGUGUCUAUGUACAGCCUGUACGAGCCACGCGUAGCCAUACUGGAACAAGUCAAGGGAUUCACAAUGCCCUUUGAAGUCGGCACCACUGAGAGUCCAAUGGACAGGCUGGUGGGUGGGCGGGACUGGGGUGGAGGUAUGUCUAAGAGUCUACGCAACGUCCAAGAGUCCAAGCUAACGGGCUGCACUUAG